AUGGUGGUGCCGAUAGCGGAUGAUGCGCCCACAAAGUGUAUCACGGUCAUAGAAAAGAUUGAGGUCAGCUGUAAUGUGGAGUACAUUGAGUUUGAAGGCCGAUCGGAUGGUGAGUCAACGAAGAAGCUCAUCGCUCAGAUGAAGCCAAAGCAGCUAAUUAUUGUCCACGGUUCGGCGCAAGCAACACGGCAUCUUGCUCAAUACUGCUAUGAUAACAAUAUUGCGCAG